AUGGUGCAGUGGGAAGAGCCCUUAUUUGGAUGUUUUAGAGAUUGCUGCACCUGCAUAAUUGUGUGGUUUUGCCCAUUGGCAUAUUGCAUCUACCAAGGAAUAAGUGUUAAAAAGGCUACAGGAGAAUCUUGCUUUGGUGCUUACUGCUGUCCAAUUGUAUUAUGCUGCAUCGGUGCUGCAAUUAAUCGAGGGAAAAUCAGGGAUCGCUACCUUAUAAACGGUAGUUUUGUAGGUGACUGCUUUUAUCAUUUUUGCUGUGGCCCAUGUGCAGUUUGUCAAGAAUACAGAGAAGUCAAUGUUCGCGAAUCUCGCUAG